GCCAAUACUCUUGGGUGCCAUGGAGGAGAUAUUUUCAUCAAUUGUAGAAAUAUUUCAAAGCUUCAAACAGGAUUGGGGGAGGCUCAGCCCGAGGGUACCUACCUCUAGUGUACAUGGAAAACCCCAAUCUGAAACCCAUUCCCUAGAGGUAAUUUGAUCGCACGUUUCUAGCGGACCCAAGUGGCACAAGCAUACAAGCCAGUAUUCUUGGAGAUGCCCGCCCCCUUUCCUGCUGUUCAAGUUGCCUAUGGCCAUUUCUUUGCUCUUUUGGGUGCCUUGAAAUCAAUUUUCAAGAUACCUCUCUACGUCGUCAAUUCGAGCUUUCAAGAGGCUACCGCUGUAGAGGUACCUAGCCAAGUUCAGCUACCCACAAUAUAUGACAACCUCACCCCUCAUGCAGAUCAUACGCAAAGCGUCAGUCCUAACAACAUGAAAUCGUACCUAUGCGAGAUAGGAGAAGUAUUCCAAAAGGGCCUUGUAGAGCUACCUAGAGGUAGGUAAGUCGGACCAGGACGUACCGUAAAGACUUGAGAACCUUG